AUGAGACGCUACCCUUGCCUUGAGGAAGAUCUGCGAACCGCGAUCGAGGGAAGGCUUUUCUUCUUUCCUCGGCUUUCCUCACUUUAUCACACUCGACGAAACGGAGAGCAAAAGAACCUUGACUUUAGCAAACUAAGAGACAAGCAAGGACGGGAAGCUACUCGCCCUCGGUCAGUAGAACCCUAG